CUCAUAUUUACAUCCUGAAUGUGAAUCUUUGCAAUUAAGCAAAACAACAUACAUGCUUUAUAUCCAACAGAAUGUGUUGGGUGAGGCGUAAAACACCUGCUUUUUUCCCUGAUUGCACGGGGAAGGCAACAGGAGAAUGUGAAAAUAAUGAUCCUGUUGAAGACCAUAUUCAAUGGUGCGAAGCUGCUGUACAGAGAGGUACAGACUGUGAUCCUGCUACUCCAACCACGCAGACGAGUUCUACUCGACGCAAAGUUAAUUGCCCUCGGCAUCGCGAAAACAAGAAAGGCAACGGUGGGAAUCAGCCAGGAGGUGGCUCUGGCAGUAGCGGGGAGGCGAGCGGAGGGGUUUCUGCAGGGAGCGAGGUAUCCGUUCAUUGAAAUGGUUAGUCAUCAAGUAUUGUAGCCUAAGGCACAUUUCUUCUCGGCCACCAGGGUUCGGGCUCCGGCCCUAAUUAGUCAUUCCUUAGUCAUUUUUGUCACGUGAUCAUUACCUCAUUAGGCCGGCCGGUCGCGUAUAUAAAUACCAGAACAACCUUCUCGUGUCCAAC